GACAUUGUUCAUAAAUUUCGUAACCAAAUUUAUCAUGUGGAUGAUUUAUUGAAAGCAAAACUUUUAUUUGAAAAAAAUCCAUAAAAAAUAAAACAUGUUAUUACUUUUACGUUCAUCAAACCCGUUCAUUUCGUUGAAUCUAAAAUGGCCCAUGACAGCAUCGACUUUAAUCAAAAAACGAACUUUUGCACGGCAGAAAACGGCAGAAAAAUCACCAAAACAAAACAAAACAGCUGAUGCAAUGAAAAAUCGUGAACAUAUAAAUAUAGGAACAAUUGGACAUGUUGAUCAUGGAAAAACAACAUUGACAUCGGCAUUGACCAAACUAUCAGCUAUGAAUGGUUAUUCAAAAUUUCGUGAUUUUGAUUCAAUCGAUAAAGCUCCAGAAGAACAGCUUCGUGGUGUUACCAUCAAUGCAAGUCAUGUGGAAUAUUUUACACGCGAUCGUCAUUAUGCACAUACCGAUUGUCCUGGUCAUCAAGAUUAUGUUAAAAAUAUGAUAUGUGGUACAUCACAAAUGGAUGGUGCAAUUCUAGUGGUCGCUGCAUCCGAAGGUCCAAUGCCACAAACACGUGAACAUCUAAUGCUUAGUAAACAGAUUGGUGUUGAAAAAAUUGUUGUAUAUGCAAAUAAAUGUGAUCUUAUCGAUAAUGAAAUACGAGAACUGGUCGAAAUCGAAGUACGUGAUCUAUUGAAUGAAAUUGGUUUUGAUGGUGAUCAAAGUCCAUUUAUAUUUGGUUCAGCAUUAAAAGCAUUGAGUGAACAAGAAUCAAGUGAAUUAGGUGGUCGAUCAAUUCAAACGUUAUUGGAUACAUUAGAUACUUAUAUUGAAGCACCGAAACGUGAUAUUGAUUCACCAUUUUCAAUGUCAAUUGAAUCAUCAAUGUCUAUUCAAGGUCGUGGAACGGUUGUUAUCGGCACUGUAUUAACUGGUUCAUUACAAAAAGGUGAUCAAGCUGAAAUUCUUGGUUGGAGUAAACAAUAUAAAACUGUUGUUAGUGAUAUUCAUAUGUUUGGUCGGCCAUAUCCUCAAUGCCAAGCUGGUGAUCAUGUUGGCCUAUUAUGUCGUGGUAUAAAACAAUCACAAUUAGAACGUGGUAUGCUUAUUGCAAAACCAUAUACGGUAACAUUGGAAAAUCGUUUUGUUGCUGAUAUAUAUCUACGAUCACAUGAAGAAGGUGGACGCUCAAAACCGAUAACAAAUAAAUUUAUACAACAAAUAUUCUCACAAACAUGGUCUGGUGGUGCCCGAUUAGAUAUACCUGAAGAAUAUGGUGGUAUAUUAAUGCCCGGUGAUCAUGGCCGAUGUCAUGUAACAUUACAAUAUGGAAUGCCAUUGAAAUUGGGACAAAAAUUUACGAUACGUGAACAUACGAAUACCAUAGCAUCGGGUAUAAUAGUGGACAUAUUACCAAGAUUAUCACAUGAUUUAGUUAAAAAUCUGGGAACAUUAAUAUUACCAUCAUAUGAUAAUGAUAAUAAAUCGUCCAACAAAAAAUUAAAAUAAACUAGAGUAAUUAAAUUUUGAAA